CACGCUCCAUGGUGUCCCGCUUGCAAGGAUCUGCAAAAAGCGUGGAACGCAUUUGCUGAUUGGUCAAGAGAUCUCAAUAUCAAAGUGGGAGAGGUCGACGUAACUGUUAAUCCUGGUCUAUCUGGCCGCUUCUUGGUUACUGCUCUUCCCACAAUAUAUCAUGUGAAGGACGGUGUCUUCCGCGUUUACUCGGGACCAAGAGACAAGAAUGACUUUAUUACCUUCAUUGAAGACAAGCGAUGGCGCAAUAUCGAUCCUGUUCCUGACUAUAAGCAUCCUAACAGCAAGCAAAUGGCUGUCGUUGCCGUAUUCUUCAAGCUGUCCAUGGCAGUUCGUGACCUGCACAACCACCUUGUGGAGGAUAAAGGCGUACCCUCAUGGGCAUCAUAUUCUCUGUUUGCCGGUGUCACUCUUGCUCUUGGAUGCAUUCUUGGCUUCGUGAGUGAUUCCUAG